AUUCUCGGAGCCGGUGAGUGCGGGCGCGAGCGCGGGGAGUGGCGGGGCGCCUUCUCUGUGUCCCCAGUCCUAUGGUCACCCUGACGGAGCGAGAAUUCGCGUUCAGACCGCAGGAGCCCGCUCUGGCCCGCGUUUCUAACUGUGAACUAAAGUAAAACCUUAACCCUCAGGGGACUGAAUGAAUCCCGCCCCCCUUGGCCAGGGCGACCCCAGAAACCCCCUAAGACAGAGCUGCUGGCCUUGAGAAGGGGUCAGACCCGCCCGGGGCGUCCUCCGUUGCUGCCCGCCGGCCUGCCCCGCUCCUGCGGUCUUAGCCCGACCCGCCCUGCACCUGCUAACGGACCCCGAGUCCGGGUGCGAGGCCAGUACCCUGCCCCUGAUUCACAGAUUUCCUUAGCUUACGUUAAAACAUGCCAAGCCAGGUUAGACAAAGCUUCACUUCUGUAACCAAUUUCAAAUCAAAGACUCUUUGAACCCACUUAUACCUUGUAAUGCCCUGCUUUGAGGUCCCGUGCUUUUUCGGGCCAAACCAGUGUACCCUUCCACAAACCCUGCCACUGGUUUGUGACUGUAAUUCCUGUCUCCCUGAAGGGCAUAAAAACCAUCCUGUAACCCAGCCACCCUGCGCCCACCUUCUCAAGCCUUCCUGGGCUCUGGCCCAUGGUCACUCAUACUUGACAGAAUAAACCUUUAGAUUAUUUUACAGAGUUUGGAUUCUUUUUAAUGUGAGGUAAGCACGCCUCUCAGUGAGAUGUAUUGUUUUCCAGAUAAUUCACUUAUCUGUGGUUGAAUUUUGCUAAGUGAGACUGGGUUUGUUACCAGUUUUGUUUUGUUUAACUGAAGACAGAAGAGUCAUUCACGGAGAUCUGUAGGUAGGAAUUAUUUCCGUUUGGGAGAUGUCAUUCUUUUGUAAAGGAAAGUGCAACAGAGAAGUAAUUCUUUUAAAUGCCAGUUCAUUCUCAGGCACAUCUGUUUUAGCAAAGAGAACUUACCAAAAGUUGCAGAGCAGAAAAUUCGUUCCAUUAAAAUUAUCCUUGCUUUCCAAGUUUCCUUGGAAAGUCUUUAUGUGUACUGCAGUGUGAAGACUCUUGCUGUAGAAUAAUUACAGAUAUGAGCAAUGUGUGAGAGAGACCAGAGGAGAGGACUGUGUGACUUUGGGUGUUGCGCCACCAGCAGAAGCCUGGUUUCCAGAGUGUCCGGGAUGGAUGGUGUGACUGUCUGUCAGGCUUAGCUGUGAUGAGCUUGUGACGGUCCCUGGGUUGUUCCGCUUGACAACCUGUUGUUACUCUCUGCCCCUCUCUUCCCCACGUGAUACCUCCAUGACCUUGGGAGCCAUGAUACUUUCAAGGCUUUUCUCAGCAAGAUCUCAGACCGUGUUGGAGGACAUGGGGCGUCGGCUCCCAUCCACGCUGGCUGACCUUGUGCCCCACCAGCCUCUCAAGCAGCGGGCUUCUCCUAGGCUGCUGUCAGCGAGCUAUGCAGCCCAUGCCAGGCAUCAGGAGCCCCCCAGAAAGAAGCCACUCUCUGAGAAGAAGCUGAAAAGGCACUUUGUGGACCACAGGAGAGUGCUUGUGUGUGCAGGAAACGGCGGUGCUGGGGCAAGCUGCUUCCACAGUGAGCCCCGAAAGGAAUUUGGAGGCCCAGAUGGCGGGGACGGAGGCAGUGGUGGCCACGUCAUCCUGAGAGUUGACCAACAAGUCAAGUCUCUGUCAUCGGUCCUGUCCCGGUAUCAGGGUUUCCAUGGAGAAGACGGAGGCAGGAAAAACUGCUUUGGGAGGAAAGGUGCCAACCUCUACAUCCGGGUCCCUGUGGGCACUCUGGUGAAGGAGAGGGACAAAGUUGUGGCAGACUUGUCUCACCCAGGCGACGAGUACAUCGCCGCACUGGGGGGUGCGGGUGGAAAAGGCAACCGGUUUUUCCUGGCCAAUGACAACCGUGCCCCUGUGACUUGUACCCCUGGACAGCUGGGUCAGGAGCGAGUUCUCUACCUGGAACUCAAGACAGUGGCCCAUGCUGGGAUGGUUGGAUUCCCCAACGCUGGGAAGUCCUCACUCCUCCGGGCCAUUUCAAACGCGAGACCUGCCGUGGCUUCUUACCCAUUUACCACCUUAAAUCCCCAUGUGGGGAUUGUCCACUAUGAAGGCCACCAGCAAAUAGCAGUGGCUGACAUCCCUGGCAUCGUGCGUGGUGCCCACCAGAACCGGGGCCUGGGGCUUGCCUUCCUCAGGCACAUUGAGCGCUGCCAGCUCCUGCUGUUUGUGGUGGAUCUUUCCCUGCCAGACCCAUGGAUGCAGGUCACGGAUUUAAAAUACGAACUGGAGAAGUAUGAAGAAGGCCUGUCCAAGAGACCCCACGUAGUCGUUGCAAAUAAGAUCGAUCUCCCUGAGGCCCGUGCUAGCCUGCCCCUGCUGAAGGCACACCUGGGACGGGAGGUCGUCGCGCUGUCGGCAGUGACGGGGGAGAACCUGGAGCAGCUGCUACUGCAGCUGCAGGUGCUGCACAACGCCGACACGGAGUCUGCGCUGGGGCAGGGCCACCAGCCUCUCAGGUGGUAGCAAGGUGCCAGUGUUACCACCCUCCAAGGAUUGGGGCUGGCAUGGGGGGUGUCCACAGAGGGGCCUCCAGGCCAUGCACAAGCAACCCUGAAUGUAAAGUGCCAGUGGCAUUGAGUGUCUAAGAGAAAAUGCUUUGUACGUGCUUGAGAAUGUCAGUGCUUUUGGCUCUCGUGUCAGCUUGGGGCUCCCUUCUUGGCACCCCCCACCCCCUGGCCUGGAAUUCCCUGGGGUUGUAGAGUGUUCCAUGCUCCUGACUCUCAGCCCGCCACGCCUGUGAUCUGCAUACCUGUCAACUUGCUGACUGAUUUGCUGAGGUUGACUAAUUUUUGCAAAUUAACGCCCCUAAUUAGGGGCCAGCACUGCUGCUGAUUGCCCCAUAGGCUCUGCCUGUGGGGAUUCUGCAGUGGGCCCACCACGGGGGAACAGCCAGAGCCUGGGCUAGGGCGCAGACACAAGUUUCUCAGUGCUAUUCCCCUGGUGUUUUUUUAGGCUGGCGCAGAGGUAAACCUUGUUCCACAGCCGGUUGGGGCAGCCCAGCUACCUGACAACCCUGCUGAGCUGCAAGCCUGGGCGCCAGUCCAGGGGCGCUCACUGCGGGGCCCUGAGGACAAGAAGUGUCUCCACAGCCACGGUGCUUUGCCCAGAUGUUGGUGUCUGAGGAGAAAGGAAGGGCUGGCUCCUUCCUGUUCUCAGAACACUGUACCUCAGAGGCAAAUGCUGAGAGAGCCUGGUGGCUUCACGACUGAACGCGCCAGUAUCUGGUGCCGCACAGACUCUGGCUCAGCUUUGGCAGAGAACAAGCUGGGCACUGGAGGGCUCAGGUGUGGUGAGACCACGGGCUGCAACUCCACUUGGCUGUCUUUGGAAUUUGAAACGAUCCUUUGUCCUGGGCCAGUUGGUUGCCAGGCUUUACCUGGUCUUGUGGAAAAGGAGUCCAGCCUCCUUCCCCAGGUCGGAUGGCAGCUAAGGGAGUCUUGUGUUCGCCACGUGGCUGCCACACUCCAGAAAGCAGCCUCUUUCCCAUGUUUGGUGAAGUGUGUGUGUUGGGUUUUGACUGCAUUGGAGCCACGUCCAUGCCCAGGCAUGGACCUUCCCUGGCUGCUCAAAGCCAGGGUGAGGAUGGCCGGCAGCUGGUAGCCCCAUGUGUCCUUGGGGGCCUUCAGCCUUUUGGGGACAUGCUGCCACAGGGUGACACGGGGGUCCCAGGCUGCUCUGUGCCUUAGAGUGGGACAUGCCUGAAUAAUAAGCCAAGCCUGGGCUUUCAGGAGCAAUUCGUUUUGAUCUCACAUCAAAUCUGCAACUAGAGCAGGAGAGUCCUUUUACCAGAAGCUUUAUUUUAAUGUCUUAUAAUUUCAAAGGUCCUUGUGUUCUGGAAGCCAGAGAUGGUUUUGCAUCUAUUUUCUUUCUCUUUCAGGCCACCACAAAGGAUUUCAUAGAGUCAAACCAGGCCUGAGAGCGUUAAUUAUCUGUGGCUUUCAUCUUUUGUGCUGGGUACUGACCUGGCUCUCCAGGGAGGGGGGCACUGUAGAUGCCUCCAGCCCCAACCCCAUCACAGAG